CGCCUGGUGGGCGGCCCAGAUGGCUUCUCAGGGCGGCUGGAGGUGCUGGUGGACGGCAGCUGGGGCACGGUGUGCAGCGGGUCGCUGAAUGGCGCAACCGCUCGAGUGAUCUGCCGCCUGCUGGCUUACAACGGCGGCGCAGUGCGCAGCAGCUCAGCCUACGGCUGGAGCGACAGCCUGCCCAUCCAUUUGGCUGCGGUGGGCUGCACAGGCGAGGAGGCAGGGCUGGCCAGCUGCCAGCUUACACCCAACCAGCGCAGCGCACCGGCCUGCGGGCCCGCAGACGCCGCCGGCAUCGACUGCAGCGGCAGCGGCAUUAUCGCCGCGGUGCGGCUGGUGGCCGGCCCCAGCAACACCCGGGGCCUGCUGGAGGUGCAGGUGAAUGGGACGUGGGGAACCGUGUGCAGCGAGGGCUUCACCUCGUGGGAUACCGACACGGUGUGCCGCCAGCUGGGCACCCCGCACGGCGGCUAUGUGGACACCUGCCCCGAGUGCGGCCCCGGCACCCCCCUGCUGGCGGGCGGCGUGGUGUGCGGCGCCGACGACGCCAGCCUGGAGAGCUGCGGCUAC